CAAAACUCCAAUGCGUGUGCCUAACUACAUGCCAUGCGACCCCCUCCAUUUUAAAAAAGACCUCAACUUUAUUCCAUAAAUGAAGCUUGUCUAGCACUAAAGGCGAACCAGUUGGUUAGAGGGUGAAAGGAACCUUAAGAGAUGACCAAGAAGCAGCAGAUCAAGUCUCUGAUAGGGAAAGUGCAAGGCAUGAGGCUUCUGUCUCUUGGGGGUUGCUUUGAUAGCUGCAGAGACCAUUCUCAAGCUUCUGGUCUGGGAACAAGGAUAUGGAAUCUGAGUGAUAGGCCAUUGGAGCUGCAAAUUAGGGUCGGGUCAAUACUGAAGAAGGUUCACACGGUGAAGCCAGGAUGCUCCAAGAGAUUGAAAUGCAAAAGCAUAUACAAGGCCUACAUGCCUGGUAUGAGCAGCAGUAAUGGCGAUGGAGGUGUGGUGGGGAUGAAGAGCUUGCUCUAUUACUAUGACGAGACUUGCCAUCCUUAUAUAUGGAUUUCAGACCAGGGGGCUGAUUCUCUAAGAAUGGUGAAGCAGCAAUAUGUUAGCCUAGAGGAUCUGAGGGACUCUUCUGAGAUCAGAAUCUUCAGGGAUCAUCAGAGAGGUUGCAUUUCUGUUCGCAAGAGACCAAGGCCUGAUUUCUGCUGAAUUCAGUUUAUCAUCAUUAAUCAUUUUCAAUGUUUGCGACCUGAUUUGUAUCCUCUCAGUUUCUGAUGAGAUCCUCUCGUUCUCUCUGCUUUGUUAUCAGUGUGUGUAAGUACAGAAUGCAACGAUCUAUUAUAUAUAUGACUGUUUAAUUUCGCAUUUGUUUCUGAAUGGAGUGAUGUUACAGAUGCCAAUUAACAAA